AUGCUCAGCGCUUUGCGCCGUUAUGGCGUCAGUCAGGCGCUGCGAGCCUCGACUCUCCGGUCCCUUUCGACCAACUUCACAUCUCGAUCAUUCCAAUGGCAUCCUUCAUCCAUCGCAUCAGUUCAAUCUGUCCCUAGGUCGCUGUACCAUGUCUCCGCUCCACGUUUCUCUGCCUCUGCGGAAGCCCAGCAAGAUGUCCCCGAAACAACACAAGAGGAGUUGAAUCUGUAUUCGCAGCUAGCAGAUAGGGGAAUGGUUCAUCCCAAAGUCAUCCAGACUAUUAUUAAGAAGAUGGGUAUUCUUCGCAUGACGGAUGUUCAGAAAAUGACCAUCGAACAUACCCUGUCAGGUCACGAUGUUUUGGCCCAGGCUAAGACCGGAACCGGCAAAACGCUUGCCUUUCUCCUUCCUGUCAUACAGAAAAUGCUCGAGGAUCCAGGUUUAGUGCAAAAACCCCAGUCUCGACGUUUUCGUCCCACGAUUGAUAUCCGCGCCAUUAUCAUCUCCCCGACCCGAGAACUCGCAGAGCAAAUCGCAGUAGAAGCCAAACGCUUGGCACACGGUACUGGUCUGGUGGUACAAACGGCCGUGGGUGGUACGCAGAAACGCCAACACCUACAAAACAUGCGUCAGCAGGGCUGCCACCUCCUUGUUGGCACUCCAGGCCGUCUCCAGGACCUUCUGUCCGACCCCAGAUCCGGCGUCAACGCUCCCAAGUUGUCGACUCUGGUACUAGAUGAAGCGGACCGCUUGCUCGAUGACGGUUUCUCCGAAGCGAUCAGGGACAUCCAAAAAUUGCUUCCUGACCCCAACGAGGUCGACCGACAGACGCUCUUGUUCUCAGCCACCGUGCCCUCGGACGUCAUGGACAUGGUGCGCCAGACCAUGAAGCCCGAUCUCAAGUUCCUUCGCAUGGUCAAGGAGGAUGAAACUCCAACCCACCUUUCGGUGCCCCAAAAGGUCGUUCAUCUCGAUGGGUUCCAAAAUGCCUUGCCGGCCAUUCUGGAGCUGGUCAAGAACUAUCUGUCCCAAGCGAAGGGCCGUCCAUUCAAGGCAAUCGUAUACUUCAACUCCAACAAGCAGGUCAAUCUCACCUACGAAGUGUUCCGAAAGCUACUCAACGAGCCCGGGCAAUAUAGGAGUGGACAUCCCCUGGGUAAAAUGCCCAUGUACGAGCUCCAUUCGCGUCUUAGCCAGGCCCGUAGAUCUCAAUUUGCCAACAGCUUCCGGAAAGAUGAAUCCGCCAUCCUCUUCUCUUCCGAUGUAACGGCGCGCGGUAUGGACUUCCCGGACGUUACGCACGUUCUCCAGAUUGGAAUCGCUCGCGAUCGGGAAUCCUAUAUCCACCGGCUAGGACGUACCGGGCGUGCCAAUAAGUCCGGCGAAGGGUGGUCCCUCAUCCACAACCAGGAGGGUCGCAUGUUUAAGCGCAAGCUUGCCGGCCUGCCCAUUGAGAACGACAUGACUUCCCUGGCCACUGCUGCCAUCGAUAUGUCCAACGAGUCCGCGGACGUUCCUCCAGCUGCGGCAGAGACUAUUGCCCAGGUAAAGGAUGCCAUGGAGAACGUACCCUCCCACUUGAGGGAGGAUGCAUACAUUUCCCAACUGGGCACUAUGGUCGGCAAUUUCGACAGUACUCAGACUAUGAUUGAAUACAUGAAUGAUCUCGCCAUUCACGGGUACUAUCUACCGGAGGCCCCAGCUAUCCCCCCGCGUCUUGCACAAAACCUGGCUCUUAACAGACCCAGACCCAAAGCCCGAGGCCGUCGCGAAUUCCAAGUAGGCGGGCGACCCGGAGGAUUCAGCAGGGACAGAAGGGAUCAAGGAUACGACCGCCACGGCCACGACCGCCGCGGGAAUGCUCGUGAUUCCUAUGACCGUCGCCGAGAUGCUCGCGAUUCUUAUAACCGCUCGGGCUAUGGUCGUCGAGACAGACAUUAUUAG